AUGAUCCACAUGUAUGUACUUGUUGUCAUGCUGUCUCGCGUCGAACAAGAGAAACGACAAGGACAAUGGGAAUUAUCGCGACUCGCAGAUAGAACUGGCAGAGAAGGUGAUAAUGAUGCUGGUGACAAAGAUAAUGAUAAUGAUACUAAGGAAGAUGCUAAUGAUAAAGAUGUUGACAAUAAAGAAUAUGAUAAUGAUGCUGGUGACAAAGAUGAUAAUAAUGAUAAUAAAGAUGAUGCUAAAGAUGAAGAUGUUGAUAAUAAUGAUGAUAAUUAUGCUAAUGAGAAAGAUGUUAAUAAUGAUAAUGAUAAUAAAGAAGAUGCUAAUGAUAAAAAUGUUGACAAUAAAGAAGAUCAUAAUGAUGCUGACGACAAAGGUGAUGAUAAUGAUAAUAAAGAAGAUGCUAAUGACAAAGAUGUUAAUGAUGUUAAUGAAAAUAAAGAAGAUGCUAAUGAUAAAAAUGUUGACAAUAAAGAAGAUCAUAAUGAAGCUGAUGACAAAGAUGAUGAUAAUGAUAAUAAAGAAGAUGCUAAUGAUAAAGAUGUUGAUAAUAAAGACGAUUAUGAUGCUAAUGACAAAGAUGUUGAUGAUGUUAAUGAAAAUAAAGAAGAUGCUAAUGAUAAAAAUGAUUAUGAUAAUAAUGUUGAUAAAAAUAAUGAUGAUGUUGAUAAUGAUCAUGGUGAUGAAGAUGAAAAUGAUGACGAUCAUACAAGCAAACCUAAAAAUCUUUUGAGAAUGACUGAAUUUAAAGAGAAUUACGAUCGAAGAGAAUUAACCUUUCGUCACGGCCAAUCGAGUAGCUUGUCUCGUCUACCGGAAGCGGAAGUUUUCUAUGGAUUCUCGGCUUGUUCCGCUAACAGAGGAGUAACAGUCAAGCCCUGGCGAAGGUGUUGGGGAAUUUACCAAGAAAUUGAUUCUCUACCUCAUAAUCCAGAACCCUAA